UAAAAUAUGGUUCCGAAAAUACUCGUGAUUUUUCUGGCGAUUGUGACAGCUGUGAAUGCGGAAGAUCCCAGCCAAGUGGAUGCUCCGGAUGCGCUCGAUUUCUCGUACGCUCGGCUUUGGCGUUACGCACAACAACAGUGUAGCUUCAAAGGCAUCACACCGACAGCAUUCACAAAUUCCUGGCUAGGAGUGCGUCGCUGUAUGAGGAACACGUUGGAUGUGGUGCAGCUGAACGAAGACUCAAUGCGGCUGGAUGUCGGCAAUCAGGAAGAAAUUCUAAGUCGCCACUGUCCGGAUCUGUUCGAGGCGAUCAAGUGUUUCAACCCCUUCAUGGACAUGGUAAAGGGAUGUGUAACCGAGGAGAGCUACGAGAUCUUCCAAGCCUUGCAAAAUUGGUUCUUGGACAUUCUGCAAUAUCUGUGCGAAAAUAAUGGCGCUAACGUUGAGUACGAUAAGGAGAAGCAUGACGCCUGUACACGUGAGAUUAAUAAGUACAUCAUUACCUGUGCGGCGGAGAACUUGGUCGCGACGCCGGAGGUAAAUCGUAAAACGCUCACUGAAGAGAACUGCAGUGCUCUUGCUACAGCGAAGGAUUGUCUGCUGGGAAAGCUAAAGUCGUGUGGCGUCUUUGCGAACGGAGCACGGUUGUUCUACGAAAACUUCAUCCAAAUUACGUCGUGCAAAAAUUACAUCCCCAAGACGGAACGAAAAUAAAUAAGUGCUACCUUGGAAAA